AUAGAGAUAAUAGGUGGUGUUGGUUUGAAGCAGUCGUGACAGGCAGAUUCUUUAACUGAAACCAGCAGCAGGAGGAGGAGCUCCAAUCUCGAGCACGGCUAUAUAUAACUACCAUAACCAACUCUAAAUCAGAGCAGAGCACAAGAAGCUUAGAAAGAGAGUAGUACAAGCCCACAGUAGUAGAGCGCAUAAGGAAUUGAAUUUCUUGGAGGAGAGGAGUUGUAGAAAGAAACCAAGCUCUCCAUCGAUCGAGAAUGCCGGUGAGCAGGAUCGCGGUGGGCGCUCCCGGCGAGCUGUCGCACCCCGACACCGCCAGGGCCGCCGUCGCCGAGUUCAUCUCCAUGCUCAUCUUCGUCUUCGCCGGCUCUGGAUCCGGCAUGGCCUUCAGUAAGCUGACGGACGGCGGCGCGACGACGCCGGCUGGCCUGAUCGCGGCGUCCCUGGCGCACGCCAUGGCCCUGUUCGUCGCCGUGGCGGUGGGCGCCAACAUCUCCGGCGGGCACGUGAACCCGGCCGUGACGUUCGGCGCGUUCGUGGGCGGCAACAUCACCCUCCUCAAGGCCGUGGUCUACUGGGUCGCGCAGCUGCUGGGCUCCGUCGUGGCCUGCCUCCUCCUCAAGAUCGCCACAGGCGGGGAGGCCGUGGGCGCCUUCUCGCUGUCGGCCGGCGUGGGCGCGUGGAACGCGGUGGUGUUCGAGAUCGUGAUGACGUUCGGGCUGGUGUACACGGUGUACGCGACGGCAGUGGACCCCAAGAAGGGCGACCUGGGGGUGAUCGCGCCCAUCGCCAUUGGCUUCAUCGUGGGCGCCAACAUCCUGGCCGGCGGCGCCUUCGACGGCGCGUCCAUGAACCCCGCUGUGUCCUUCGGGCCGGCCGUGGUGAGCGGCGUCUGGGAGAACCACUGGGUGUACUGGCUCGGCCCUUUCGUCGGCGCGGCCAUCGCGGCGCUCGUCUACGACAUCAUCUUCAUCGGACAACGCCCGCACGACCAGCUGCCCACCACUGACUACUGAUCGAAUCGAUCGCUAGCUACUUGUGUCUAGCUAUCUGCGAUCGUCUCGGUAACUCGAUCGGUUCGGUUCAGGGGUCGUCCAACUCGAACGAAUAAAUCUAGAGCUACUUGUUGCGCUCUUCUCUUCUCUACUCCUUUAGUUUGUUAUCCGUGUCUCGCUCCUUGUCCUUUUGCUUUCUUCUUCCAUGGCCAAGAAUGUAUUGUAUGUAUGUAUCUAUGAAUGUAUAUAAAUCUACUGUUAAGGCA